AUGCCGGGACGCGAGGACGUCGCGCUUUUCAUUUUGGCAUUUUGCUUCCAUUCGUCGCAGCAGUCGUUUGCGCUCCACAGCCACGCAGUUUCCCGGUUUUGCUGUUUUGUUUGUUUUUUUUUCUCUUGUCCCAAAGGCGCUCUUCCCCCACCCAGAAACCUGUCCUACACGUGGCUCAACCUGUUGACGGUCAACGUGUAUUGGCAGAGGCCCAGCGGAUUACCGGAGCACUGCCGGAUACAGUACAGAUGGGGCCCCCACAACUCUAGCACAGAGUGGACAAAUUUUACAGAGACCCUUCUGACGGACGAAGCCGAAUCUUCCGGCUGGCUGUUCACGGUCCGAACGGAAGGGGACUGCCGAGCGGGCCAGAGCGCGCCCGCCUCCGUCCUCGUCGACACGCCGAAGCCUCGAGCUGAGCUGGUGACGGACUUCAAAUGUUUACUCCAAGCAGAAAAACCAAAUUGUUCCUGGAUCCCGGUCGAUCCCUCCUUUAACCUGACGCUCUCGUACGGGAUUUGCGCCGAAACGAGACCGGCUUUCAAGCGGUGCGAGCCGUCUCGUCGCCACGGGAUCCGGAACGGCUGCGACCUGAGCUCCGAAUUCGUCAACGAGGACAUCUGCGUGCUCGUGACGAGCGAGGAGUCGAUGAGCACCUUCAAACCGCUGCUCGUGGUUGACCCCCCGAAUCUGCGCGUCACCGCGGAAGGCGACAAGUUCAACUUGAGCUGGACCCCGCCGGAGGUGGGAAGGGGCUGCAGUUGGAUCUACGAGUUGUGCUACAGACAAUGCGAUCAACAGCAAACAUGCCAAAGCUUCGUUCCCAACGGGGAGACCGUGCAGAUGGCUUACGAUGAAAGGUGCCGUUACGAGUUCCGAUACCGGGUCACAAGUGGCGAAUACUGCAAACGAGUGCAAAGUGACACUGCAGUGCAAGUUUAUGGAGCGAACGCGCCCGCCCGCGUCUCGCCGACGACGGUGGCCGUCGCCGUCGCCGUCGUCGUCCUGUCUGCCGGCGUCCUCGUGGGCUGCUAUUGUCUCCAGAGGCACAGCAACCUUUUCUGGCCCGUCAUACCCGAUCCGUCGGCGGUAUUGAAGACCGUGUCGAAUGGACGCUCAGUAAUGAAGGCUCCCGCCAAAGUGUACACACCCGUGCCAGAAACCGUUCAACCCUGCCAAGCUGAACCGACGGGCUUCGUUUCUCGAGCGGGCGUCCUCGCCCCCGAGCCGCCUCCGCAGGGCGAGCCCCCCUGCUGAUGCUCACAGACCGGCGACGAGCAAACGUGCCUUAUUUGUCCUGAAAGACGACUUCCAGACUGGGAUAGCGCGACGGCUCCCCUGUCCUCACGACUGGAAGGUGACUCGUGGGGGAUGCCAAAAGCUGCGACAAGAGUCGACGUGGAGGAGCACGAACCCCCCCCCCCUCCCCUCUAAAUUGCACUUUAUUAUUAACGUCGUAACGCAAAACACUCAUGGCGUGACAUUCAUCCGUUCCGGCCGCCCACAAAAAUGUUGCAAUGUGUUCUUGGAUAAGCACUGUAAAAUACUAUAUUUAUAAAAUAUUCUAUAGUUGCACUGUAAACCGUUUUUGCCACAAUUCGAUGGACGUUGCGCUGCUCCUUCUGGUGCACGCGCCUCGGCCACCUAUGAGCAGCAUAAAACGGACACACGGAGCCCCUCAGAACACCCCAAGAAAAAAUUAAAUAUUCACAGAAAUAUUCUCAAUACAGAAUAAUUAUAAUAACAAUAAUUCAUAUUAGAAUAUUCAUAAUAUAGAAUAAAUAUAUUUAUUCUUGAAACGGCAGUUUUAACGCUGUAUGCCCGACUGAGUAUUGUUCCACUGUGUGUCUCUACAUGUGUUGCUCUACCGUUAGUUCUACAGCACAAGUGCGCAAAAAGACCUCAAAUUGUAGCAUUCUAUGCACAUUAUAGUCCCUCUUUGUAAAUAUGACACAAGUACAUCAAUGAGCACGAUUCCAAAUAAACGCAGAUGGACUUCACGGUUGCCUCGCUUA